UGGGAGCGCGGCAGGUGGCGGCGGGCCCGGGUCGCGGAGCGGCGAGGACCCCUGAACCGGAGAAGACCAUAGCUCAGGCCUGGUCUCCGCUGUUCCAGUCAGUGAAUACAUUCUUACUUCCGGCUCUGCCCUCCAUACUGGACAGGGACCUGGGUGGGUCCCUAUAGAAGCCAUCAGGAUGUCGUAUUUUGGGGAACAUUUUUGGGGUGAAAAGAACCAUGGCUUUGAGGUCCUGUACCAUUGCCUGAAACAGGGACCCAUUGCCACCAAGGAGCUGGCUGACUUCAUCAGGGAGAGGGCCACCAUUGAGGAGACAUACUCCAAGGCAAUGGCAAAACUUUCCAAGCUGGCCAGCAAUGGGACUCCCAUGGGGACCUUUGCCCCGCUCUGGGAGGUCUUCCGAGUGUCCUCUGACAAACUGGCGCUCUGCCACCUGGAGCUGACACGAAAGCUUCAAGACCUCAUCAAGGAUGUGCUGCGCUAUGGGGACGACCAGCUCAAGAUGCACAAGAAGUGCAAGGAGGAAGUGCUGGGCACGCUGGAUGCAGUGCAGGUGCUGGCCGGAGUCAGCCAGCUCCUCCCCAAGUCUCGGGAGAACUACCUGAGCCGCUGCAUGGACCUGGAGCGCCUGCGCAGAGAGAACACCAGCCAGAAAGAUAUGGACAAGGCAGAAACCAAAACCAAGAAGGCGGCAGAGAGCCUACGGCGCUCAGUGGAAAAGUACAAUUCGGCCCGGGCGGACUUUGAGCACAAGAUGCUGGACUCGGCACUGCGCUUCCAGGCCAUGGAGGAGGCCCACCUGCAUCAUAUGAAGGCCCUGCUGGGUUCCUACGCGCACUCGGUGGAGGACACCCACGUGCAGAUCGGGCAGGUGCACGAGGAAUUCAAGCAGAACAUCGAAAAUGUGACGGUGGAGAUGCUGGUGCGCAAGUUUGCGGAGAGCAAGGGCACGGGCCACGAGAAGCCAGGACCUUUGGACUUCGAAGCAUACAGUGCAGCGGCCCUGCAGGAAGCAAUGAAACGUCUCCGAGGAACCAAGGCCUUUCGCCUUCCUGGACUAAGCCGGCGGGAGCCCCGUGCAACUGUAGACUCCCUUGAACCUGACACUGGGAUGUGUCCAGAGGUGGAUGAAGAAGGGUUCACUGUCCGCCCUGACAUGACCCAGAGCAGCACAGCUGAGCCUUCACGCUUCUCGUCGAGCGACUCUGACUUUGAUGAUGAGGAGCCCAGAAAAUUCUAUGUGCACAUCAAACCUGCGCCUGCCCGGGCUCCUGCCUGUAGCUCAGAGGCUGCAGCAGCCCAGCUCAGGGCCACAGCCGGCAGUCUCAUCCUUCCUCCUGGCCCAGGGGGCACCAUGAAGCGGCACUCACCGCGGGAUGCUGCUGGGAAGCCACAGAGGCCUCGGUCUGCCCCAAGGACCGGCAGCUGUGCCGAGAAGCUUCUGCCCUCAGAGGAGCCUGUGUGCAAGAACCUCUUUGGGCCGCCACUGGAGUCUGCCUUUGACCACGAGGAUUUUACAGGCUCCAGCAGUCUGGGUUUCACCUCCAGCCCCUCUCCUUUCUCCUCCUCGUCCCCUGAAAAUGUGGAGGACUCCGGGCUAGACUCUCCAUCCCACGUGGCUCCCGGUCCCUCCCCAGAGUCUUGGGUUCCCCGGCCGGGCACCCCACAGAGCCCACCUGGCUGCAGGCCUCAGCGAGAGGCCAGGGGCACCCGGGUCCUACCCCCCUCUGACUCGCCAGGCCCAUGGCUGGAGGCCUGCGGAGAUGCCAUGGCCACGCCAGCUGACCCUGUGGCCAGGGAGGGCCUGGCUGCACCGCCGCGGAGACCCCGCUCCAGGAAGGUGUCCUGUCCUCUCACACGCAGUAAUGGUGACCUGUCUCGGUCAUCCAGUCCUUCCCCAUUGGGCUCCUCCGCUCCCAGCACAGCUCCUGAGCGGCCCAGCUUCUCCUCCCAGACUGGACACGGAGUAUCCAGGGGCCCCAGCCCGGUGGUUCUUGGCUCCCAAGAUGCACUGCCCGUGGCCACAGCCUUCACUGAGUAUGUUCACGCCUACUUCCGUGGCCACAGCCCCAGCUGCCUGGCUAGAGUGACCGGGGAGCUGACUAUGACCUUCCCUGCGGGCAUCGUGCGUGUGUUCAGUGGGACCCCACCGCCGCCUGUCCUCAGCUUCCGGCUGGUCAACACAGCCCUCAUAGAGCACUUCCAGCCCAAUGCAGACUUGAUCUUCAGUGACCCCUCUCAGAGUGACCCCGAGACCAAAGACUUCUGGCUCAACAUGGCGGCGCUCACAGAGGCGCUGCAGCGCCAGGCGGAGCAGAACCCCGCGGCCUCCUACUACAAUGUGGUGCUGCUGCGCUACCAGUUCUCGCGCCCGGGUCCACAGUCCGUACCCCUGCAUCUGAGCGCCCAUUGGCAGUGUGGACCCACGCUCACUCAGGUGUCCGUGGAGUACGGCUACCGCGCGGGUGCCACGGCCGUGCCCACACCCCUCACUAAUGUCCAGAUCCUGCUGCCCGUGGGAGAGCCGGUGACCAGCGUUCGCCUGCAGCCUGCCGCCACCUGGAACUUGGAGGAGAAGCGCUUUACAUGGAAGCUUCCAGAUGUGUGUGAAACAGGAGGCUCUGGCCACCUCUCUGCCAGCUGGGAACCACUCUCAGGGCCCAGCACCCCAAGCCCUGUGGCCGCACAGUUCACCAGCGAGGGGGCCACGCUGUCGGGUGUGGACCUGGAGCUCCUGGGUGGAGGCUACCGCAUGUCACUGGUGAAGCGUAGGUUUGCCACAGGGAUGUACCUCGUGAGCUGCUGAAGGGCCAGGUGGCACGGCCCCAGCUCUGCCUGCAUCCUGGUGCUCAGACUGUCCCUGCCUUCUUACCAGAUUCUGGGGUCCAGGUGUGUCCCCGAGGCCUGGUCUCUGGAGAGGAGCCCAUACUCCCACACCCAGCCUGACUGAGCCGAGACCUGCGGCUUCCUCCCCGUUCCACCCCAUGCUGGUCCUGGCCUUUUAAUGUUCUUUAAAUAAACACUUUAUUUUCUAAGAAA